UCUGAUUGGUGUGGCGCUUCAUGCUGGCGCUUAUGAGCAGGAACACCCCGGCGACAUGACGUCUAAAGCCGGAGCCGGCUCAAAUAGAUCAAUCUACCCGGACGUCAACCCUGUAUCUAUGGCUGUCUCCGGCUAUGUGUAUAAAAACACUAGCCAAAGCAUGUCUUUAUAUAAGAAAGCCAGUAGAGUGCAAAACCACUCACGCACACCCGCCAGAUCCCUACAGAUCGUCAGCCAAUAUCACCCACGCCCACCGCACUGUAGUAGCAGCAAAAGCAGCACAAAGCGGGUCAAAGUAAACAAUGUCCUCCGACUCGCCCCUUCCAAAAGCAUGCUGCGCGCUCGCACCCGUGACGCCCGGAGCGUACACUCCAAAGGGCACGUACGAAGACAUGGCCGGCAUGAAGACAUACACAACCGGCCCGCGUGACGCAAGUUUGGCUGUUGUAUUCGUCUACGACGCGUUUGGCUUUACGAGUCAGACGCUGCAGGGCGCUGAUCUCAUCGCUGCAGCACUCCCUGCACGCGUCUUCAUGCCGGACCUACUCGACGGCGGCAUGGACCGUGCGCUCUUCCCCGCUGACACGCCUGCGAAGCAGAAGCUUGUCGGUGACAUGUUUGGUCCCACGGGCAAAGGCGACCUCACACGGUGCGCGUCACACGUGGCCAGCAUGCCAGCGCAAAUCCGGGCCUCGGAGCCGGAUAUCGCGAGCAUUGUGGCGCUAGGGCUAUGCUGGGGUGGCAAGGUGGUUGUGCUAGCGAGCAAUAAUGAUAGCACGAGGAGUGGUACGGCAGGUGGGUUUGUGGCGAGUGCGCAGGCGCAUCCGAGUCGGUUGGCGGAGGGGGAUGCGCGUGGGUUACGGAUGCCGCAUUUGGUGAUGGCGAGUCGGGAUGAGGAUGCGGUGGAUGUGAGGGCGUUUGAGGCGGUGGAUAGGCCGGCUGGGAGUGUGGUGUGUACGUAUCCGGAUAUGAGGCAUGGCUGGAUGGGGUCGCGCGCAGAGUUGGAUUCGGAGGAGGGGAGGGAUGGGUUUAGGAGGGGCUAUGAGCAGUUUGUGGGGUGGGUGAAGGAGGUUGUUGGAUGAGUACCUUCUGUAUGGAGCAUGCGAGUGGUGUGUUGACGGA